UUUAAGUCCCUACAGUGGAUUUCAAGUAAAUCCAACUCAUUUUCUAAAUUCCUGUUGAAAUCAGAUAAAUACAAGGGAGAAAACCUUGAAGAGCAGCUUAUUCAUCCAUAUGUUUGGACAAGAUGUCCCCUCGGUUGCUAUGGGUUGUCUUUGUGCUGAUUAGUAUUGCAGCAUUUGUGGAAGGAAACGGAAGUAUUGGUGAACGAUGUAGCCCCAAUGACCUGAGAGGUCUAAACAGUUUCAAGGCUGGAAUUCAAAUGGACACAUCUGGGCGACUAGUGAGGUGGGUUGGUGACAGCUGCUGCAAGUGGGAAGGUAUUGUCUGUGAUAAUAAAACCGGCAGAGUAACAGAACUCCAUCUUCCAGGAUUCAUUUCCAGUGAUGAAUUCUUAUUCCAGUCCCAGAUGAAAGGCUGCUUAUCUCCUUCAAUAACACUUCUCACAUCUCUUGAAGUCAUUGAUCUUGGUGGACUAACUGGUCUUACAGGAAAUAUCCCACCAUCGAUCGGUUUUCACAUCCCAAAGCUCCGAAAGCUCUACCUCUAUGGCAACAAUCUAACUGGUGCUAUACCAGAGAGCAUUGGUAAGCUGUCAAAACUUGAAGAACUUGUCCUCCAUGAAAAUAGAUUAUCCGAGUCCCUCCCUCCAUGCCUAGGAAGGCUAACAAAUCUGAGAAUUCUGCUUCUAUAUUCGAACCAGUUUUUUGGGAUUAUACCUGAUUCAUUCACAAAUUUGACAAAUUUGGUGAAGUUAGAUCUUCAUGGCAAUUCACUGACUGGUCAAAUUCCCGAUAGAGUUGGUCAGUUGCAGGUUUUGGAAGGGCUAGAUCUUUCCGACAAUCUCUUAAGUGGGAAAAUCCCCUCGUCAUUAACUAACUUAACUGCCAUUUCAGUUAUGUACUUAGACACCAACUAUCUCGAGGGAGCAAUCCCAUUUCCAUCAAGUUCUGGCGAAAUGCCUUCUCUUGGCUUUCUAAGGCUGCAUAAUAAUCGUCUAACUGGAAAUAUACCUCCCAGCUUUGGAUUUCUGGUCUCCCUCCAAAGAGUUUCUCUGGCAAAUAACAACCUAGGUGGAUCCAUUCCCCCUACUUUGGGGAACUUAAUAGCUUUGACAGAGCUAUAUCUUGGUGGCAACCGGGUAUCUGGCCAAAUACCAAAAUCAAUUAGUGAACUUUCUCGGCUUAUUGUCUUAAAUAUUUCUCAUAAUUUGAUUCAAGGACCAUUGCCCCAUGAGAUGUCAUCCCUCCAAAAUCUUCAAAUACUUGAUCUUUCCUUCAACCAUAUAAACCUCUCCACCAUCCCACAGUGGCUGGCAGAAUUGCCAUCUCUUUCUCAAAUCUUCUUGGCAGGAUGUGGAAUCCAAGGAAAAAUCCCCGAGUUCUUGCAGACAACUCCGAGUCCGAUUCAGGAACUGGAUUUAUCAGCCAACCAUCUCACCGGAACCAUUCCAGCAUGGCUUGGGAGUCUCAGUCAGCUCUACCUAUUGAACCUUUCCAGGAACUCACUUGUGUCAAAUAUCCCUGACUCAAUUACACGCUUGCAUGAUUUGGGUGUGCUUGAUCUCCACUCAAAUAAUCUAACAGGCACCAUAAACCAGGUUUUCGAUAUAGGACAGAGGUUUCCUGAUGGAUCACUCACAUACAUUGAUCUUUCAGAUAACAGCUUCACGGGUGGAAUUGAGCAGAUCGGUACAGGAACACAGUGUGGGAUUCAGUUUCUUAAUUUAUCACAUAACUAUUUGGUUGGCAGAUUACCAAGUACCAUAGAUAGACUGGCAUCCAUGCGAAGUUUGGAUUUGAGCUACAACAUGCUGAGUUCCGACUUGCCAGAGGCUCUAGCAGAUGUAAGCUUGUUAGAAACGCUGAAGCUGCAGGAAAAUCGCUUCGCUGGUAAAAUACCAUAUGGGUUUUUAAAGUUGAGGAAGCUCAAAGACUUGGAUUUAUCACAUAAUCUACUGGUGGGAGAAAUUCCCGAGGGUAAACCUCUGAUUGACUUUCCUGAAAGCUCCUACUCUGGAAACAGAGGUUUAUGUGGGAAGCCUCUUGCUCCCUGUAAGCUGUGAGGUUUGAUUUGGAUGCUUGGAAACUCAAAAUGUAGACAACAUGUCAUUGUUUCUCAAACUGAUUCUAAAUAUACUCUUUCAUUUC